AUGCAAACUGUAGUUAACCUACAGCAUAAUUCAAUCCGGCUCUCGCCAAUCUCCGAGGAAGCAAAGGCAUGGGAAAUUUUCAAGCUCGUCAUUCAGACCCGGAAUUUUUGUCCGCCUGCAGGAAAUUCAGCCCAGAUGAGCUCAAAAAUUUGAAAUCCCUCUUCGUUUCGUUAGCCUCACAAUCAAGAAGUCAUGGCCAGUUCAUCAUAGCGUCAGUUUUGCAGGCAUAUUAUGGAAUUCAUGGGGCUCUUGGGGCAAGGAUGUUUGAUUUAGUAACUCGGCUGCGAAAGGACCAAAUGCUAACAUAUGAGGAUCUUAUAAUUGCCAAAGGCAUUUAUGAGAAAGGUUGUCGAGAUGAGAUUGAGAAUUUCAUGUAUCAGCUAGUUGAUUUGACUGGAGAUGGAGUUGUUGAUAGGUCUGAAUUGGAAGCUGUCAUAAUUUCAGCUCUAGAAACAGUUCUAGGCCCAAAAGAUGCUAUCGUAGGAUUCGACUUGCCUGAAGAUAGUGUUCAAGCAUUUAUAAAUUCUGUGAAAUUUACACAAGGAUCUGAAGGUGACUGUAAUCCACAUGUAUCAUUUGAAGAUUUUAAAAGAUGGUGUACCCAGAUUCCAUCCAUUAAGAAGUUUCUUGCAGGCCUUUUGACACCUCUGGGAUCAGGCAACCAGGGUUGUCAGGUACCCCAACUAGUGCAUUCAGAAAAUAUAAAUCCGAGUUUGCUUAUUAUGAGGAAAGAAUAUGCAUGGCAUAUAGCUGGGGCCCUUCAACAUCAGGAGGCACAUGAGUGGGUCCUCCUUUAUCACAGCUCUUUUAAUGGCCUCAGCUUCAACACCUUCAUGGGAAAUUCAGCAGUUGGACGUGGCCCUAGUAUAUUGUUGGUCAAGGAUAAAGAUGGGUACAUCUAUGGAGGCUUUGCUUCUCAGCCAUGGGAAAGACAUAGUGACUUCUAUGGUGACAUGAAAUCCUUUCUCUUCACUCUUUCUCCACGUGCAGCGAUAUAUCGACCUACAGGAGCAAACAGCAACAUGCAGUGGUGUGCUACAAGUUUCACGUCAACAAAUAUUCCAAAUGGUCUUGGCUUUGGAGGGCAAGUGAAUCAUUUUGGACUUUUUUUAUCCGGAGCCUUUGAUCAAGGCCAAUCAUUCAAGUGUGUCACAUAUGACAGUCCAUGCUUGUCAAAAAAUGCAAAUUUCUACCCAGAAACCAUAGAAUGUUGGGGAGUAGUUGUUGAAGGAAAUGAACAGGAAACAGCAAGUGUAAUGAAAGGAACAGUGCUUAAUCGAUUCAAAGAGGAUCACAAUAUGUUGAAAAUGAUGGGGAUGGCGAAUGCAAGUGAGUAAAUUGGGUCUAUAGUAUCUUCAGAAAUACAAUGUUUGUACCAUGUAUCACGGCUACAGUACGUUACAUGUUUUGCUGUUACCCUUUUGAUUAUAUAUUUAUGAGUUCUGUGUCUUUUCUAAAAUCUUAAGCAGAACCAAUCAUUCUAACCACACGAGCAAUCUUAAACCCUUUAAACUAUUUUAUUUAAAUGUAUUUUUGUUUUCCAUUGAAAGUCAUACGUCAUCAACUCAUGAUAUCAGUUUCAAGCUUUUGAUGAAUACAAUGAUAAUCUAAUACAACAUUGCAAGCGUAAACAGCAAGAGUGACUCGAAAUGGAGUAGAGUUUUCAUUUGUGUUUAUGAAA